AUGGGCUGGGCGGCCGUUUCCAAGGGCUUGGACGCGACCGUACACGAUGACGCUGCCGUACCGCUGUUCGACAAGGCCAAGGACUCCUUCCGCGAUGUCGCCUGCACGGGUCUGGCCAGCUGGGGACAAACCCACCAGCUGCUGGGGCAGAGGAUGCUGGAGGCCGCGGCGCGUGCAGGAAAAGACCUGGAGGGGGUUCGAUCCGGAGUUCUGUCGGAGUUUAGCGAGGCGGAGCGGCGUUACCGCGAAGCGCUGGGUUACAACCCAGAUUUUUUCGAUGCGGUUUGCAACAUGAGUCAGUUGGAGUUUGAACGGUGCAAGUUGGCCGCCGGGCUGAUGGCGGCGCCGCCGACAGCGGCACCUGAGAAGGCGGAGCAAGAACAGCCGAAUAGCGGCGCUGAUGGAGAAGCGGCGGCGGCGGCGGCGGCAGCUCCGUCCGCGGACGGCGCUGCUGCUACAGCAGCGGCCAGCUCCUCGUCGACGACGACGGCGGCGGAGGGUACGGCAGCGGAUGCCGCCAACGCCGCCACACGCGCCGCCCUGUCGGUGCUGAAGGCCGAGGCGGUGGCGGGCGCCCGGGGAGGCUUCGAGAAGGCUCUGGAGUGGGCGGAAAAGGCGGUGGCUCUGGCGCCAGCUAUGGACGCAAGACAGAAGGAAGCGCAGGCGAAGGCUGCCGAAGCCGGUCAGCCACAGGCUCCCCCGCAGCAGCCGGGGCAGCAGGAGUACGACUUCCGGUCGCAGGCGCUCGUGCUGAAAGGCAAUUUCAUCUACGAGUGGAGCCAGAUGCUGGCGGCGGUGGGCCAUGCGGAGGAAUGGCGGUCAGAACUGGACAGGGCAGUGGCGCUGUUCCGUGAAGCUGGCUGUCCGGAGAAGGAUAUUCGGGUGGCGCUCCGAAACCAUUUCAAGGCGGACGAGCUGGACAUCCCUGCCGAGGAGCCGGCCAAGGAGGAGGAGGGAGAGGCAACCGCAACACCUGCUGCUAAGCCCGAGGCUGCCCCGGUCAACGCGCCAGGCAGCCUUAACAACGGUGGUGCACCAUCAACAUCGGCUCAUCCCACGGUUUCGGUCGAUGCGUCUUCACCAUCCAGUUCCUUGACCGCAAACUUACUACUGCAAUGUCCCGACCAAAAGGGCGUUAUCGCGGCUGUCAGCCAGCUGCUGUACGGCUUUGGCUGCAACAUCGUUGCCAGUGACCAGUUUUCGGACCCCAGCUCGUCCAUGUUCUUCCAACGCAUCACAUUCGACUUCUCCGAUAUAGUCAUAGGGCCCGGCAACACGUCCGUACUCGAGCGCGCGAUUGCUGAGCUGGCCCUGCGGUACACCAUGAAAUGGCAGAUCUCGUACAAGGACAAGAUCAAGCGGUUGGCCAUCCUGGUGUCGAAACAGAUCGCCGACACGUUUGGUGUCCGCUUCCACCAUCUGCCGCUCAACAAGGACCCUGGCAUCAAGGAAGCCCAGGAAACCGCCAUCGAAGAUCUCCUGGUUUCGGAGCGGGUGGAUGUCAUGAUCUUGGCUCGUUAUAUGCAGAUCUUCUCUUCGGCUUUCUGCCAGCGGCACUGGCAGCACACCAUAAACAUUCACCACUCGUUCUUGCCCGCGUUUGAAGGCGCACGGCCGUACCACCGCGCGCAUGAGCGCGGUGUCAAGAUCAUUGGCGCAACGGCACAUUUCGCAACUGCGGAGCUGGAUGCGGGGCCAAUCAUCGACCAGGCGGUCACGCGCAUUACGCACCGGGACAGCGUCGAGGACAUGAUCCGCAAGGGCCGUGAUCUGGAGCGCAUGGUGCUGGCCCGGGCGGUGAGGUGGCACCUGGACGACCGGGUGCUGGUCUAUAACAACAAGACGGUCGUUUUCGAGGACUGA